CGCCUUCUCGAUCUCGCUGGCUUCCACCCUUCCGCUCUCUUCUCAGUUUCUCACCGUGGAUCAGCGCAUCAGAGUUUGCGAGAAUUCGACGCCGCCGACGAAGCGUGGCUAGAUGGCAUCCUCGUCUUCGAUUCCAACUGCCUCCGCGGCGGUGGGGAAGCUCUCCUCCUCGUUGCCCCCUGCCGCCGCCGCUGCUCCAAGCCGGCCUGCCCUUAGGGUCUCCUUCCGUUUGUCAUCGGUGCCCGCGAAGCUCGUCUUCCGGUCCUCACAGGCAUUGAAGAUUUGCUCUGGCAGAUCAACCUUUGUUAAAGCGCAAAUGAAUGAGGUUGCCGGCAGUUCUUCAAAUGAUGCAGCACCUGCAAAGUCCAAUGUUGAGAUACCUGAGCCCAAAGAGAAAGACCCUCCAUCAGUUCCAAUGUCUGAGGAAGCAGUCUCUGAGUUCAUGACCCAAGUUGCUAGCCUUGUCAAGCUUGUUGAUUCCAAGGACAUUGUUGAGUUGCAGCUGAAGCAGCUUGGCUGCGAACUGAUAAUUCGCAAGAAGGAAGCUGUUCCUCAGCCCCUGGCAGCAAUGCCUGCUGUGACGAUGCAUCCACCUCCACAGCUGGCUGCCAUGCCAUCACAAUUUCCUCCACCAGCAUCCCCAUCCACCUCCCUCGCACCAUCACCUGCUGCUGCAGUGGCACCAACUUCUGCGCCAUCAUCAGCCCCUAAGCCGCCUAAGUCGUCUCAUCCUCCUCUCAAGAGCCCCAUGGCUGGAACAUUCUACAGAAGCCCAGGUCCAGGGUUAGCUCCAUUUGUGAAGGUUGGUGAUAAAGUUAACAAAGGACAAGUUAUUUGUAUAAUUGAGGCCAUGAAGCUGAUGAAUGAAAUUGAGGCUGAUCAAUCGGGCACGGUCGUUGAGAUGCUCGCGGAUGAUGGCAAACCUGUUGGCAUAGAGCAGCCAUUGUUCGUCAUUGAACCCUGAUAAUAAUCUGGACUAUUGAUUGGGUCCGUUAAUUCUCCGCCAUUUUGUUGUUAUAAGGCAUGUUAAUUUGUGUUUUGCCAAUGGAAGUCGAUCCACCAGAAGUAGGAAGUAAGCAUCAAGUGGAGAUUCUUAUUUAUUUGCCUUGAUGAAACGGAUGAUGUAGCUUGUGAGGACCAGGGUAUUUAGUUUGUUUUCUAGAUGAGAUGUGUAUUUCUUCUGUGAUGGAUGGAUUUUUAGUUGAGAACUUGUUUUUUCCUGGUAUUUGAGAAAUUUUGUGUUAUUUUAGAUUGCAAUAAAUUAGUUGUUGAUUAA